CAAAGGACGUAGCCUGUCUACCUUCCCGAUUGGAAUCCCUGCUUUCAAAAAUUCCUCCACUACUUCCUGUCGGUAUGCUUGCUCAGCCAACGGCAGCGUGUUGUCUUUACGAGUCUUCUCUCUGCUGAGUGCCUCGGCUAUCGUUUGUUCUCUUAACCUUGAUCUCUUCAGCGCAUCUUUCCCUUUGGCAUGUUUUCUUGAACUACAAUGUGAUGCUAAAAUGCUCUUUUUGGAUGAUACCAUUUCUCUGCAGGCAUUGCAAAAGAUCGUUGUGCCUCUGACACUCAGGUGCUGAUCAGGGAACUGAUUAAUACGAUCUUGCAAAGGGACAUUUUUCACAUUAGUGACAUUAAUCGUCCCCCUCCUCUUGUAUUUUCCAGUGGUGGAUUCGAGGCGUCUAUCCCGGGCAAGUUGUGCAGGCUUUGGUCUAUCCUCUCUGUUCUCGCAACCUUGUAAACUAUCUGGAUGUAAGUUCACUGCACUUGACUGGUUUUGCGUGGCGGCCGCCAUUUUGAAACGAGCACUGGGAGAAAGACUAAGGAGUGUGGGACCGAGACACAGACUUCCGGUUCCGUUUCAUCGAACUCUCGCGGUAUCUCAACACAAGUAAAAAAAAAUCGAAAAAUAGGAGUGGAAGCAACUGUUAAUAGUAAUCUAUCGUUUUUAGUAGCUGAGAUCUUCGUUUUCUUGAAUUAUUCUAAAAUUGUGCUAUUAAGACAAGAAAAUAUACGGAUUAUGCUAGCAGUGCUACUUUUGGAAAAAGGGCAAAAAUUAUGCUCAAUUCCUCAGAUUAUGCCAAAAAUUAUGCUAGCACAAUCGGCAAGAGCCUACCCCCGCCCCAUCCCAUUUAUUACGUAAUACUUUACUCGGAAUCAUUUGCCAUUACUUUAUGUAAGGCGAUUAAUUAAACAUGUUUAUGGUUUUAUUAUGAAAAAUUAUUGAAAAUAUGGCGGCUACGACGAGUGAAGCAAGGAGCGAAAAUAUCCCUCUAUUGGAAUAUGAAUCUGGCAUGUUUUUAAAUGUUAUGGAUGAGGACGGCCUUUUGAUAUCUGCGAAGGGAAUUUCAAUUGAUCACGUUCUUAUCAACUUUCUAAAAAUGUACUGUGAUCCAGCUUCAUUAGUUCUAGUUAUCAACACGUCAAGUCAAGAAGAGGAACAUCUCAUUGAUCAACUGGUUGCACUGAAGGCACUCCCUCCAAAAUCUGUUACGAAUGAAUACAGUGCUUCAGACAGGGAGGUUUUGUAUGCAAACGGAGGAGUGCUUUUUGUGACAUCUCGUAUUCUAGUGGUGGACAUGUUGACUAAGAAACUACCAAUUCACUUGGUCACAGGAGUCGUUGUUUGCCGAGCUCAUAAAACAAUGGAUUCUUGUCAAGAAGCAUUCAUCUUAAGGCUUUACCGAGAGAAUAAUAAGACUGGUUUUAUCAAAGCGUUUUCAGACGUUCCCGAAUCGUUUACUGCUGGAUUCUUGAAGGUUGAAAGAGUGAUGAAAAAUUUAUUUGUGAAAAAACUUUACCUAUGGCCAAGAUUCUAUGCGCCAGUAUCCUCGUUUCUGGAGAGACACGCACCGGAACUCGUUGAAUUGCACUUACAAAUGACUCCAUCUAUGCUGGUCAUUCAGACAUCGAUUCUAGAGUUGAUUGCAACCUGUUUGAAAGAUAUCAAACGUCUCAACACAUUCUUAGAUACACAAGAGUUGACGGUAGAAAACAGCAUCAACAAAUCUUUCGAUAAACUUAUUCGACAUCAAUUGGAUCCAGUAUGGCAUCAAUUGAGCUCCAAAACCAGGCAACUCGUUGCUGAUCUUAAAGUGUUGAGGACCCUACUGUAUUAUCUGACGCAGUAUGAUUGUGUCACAUUCUAUCAAUUUCUUUUAUCAAUCAGAGCGAGUGAACGAGUGGCAAUGCACCGGAGUAUGUGGUUGUUUAUGGAUGCUACCACUGCGUUGUUCAAGCAUGCCAGAGAAAGAGUUUAUCGAUUCAGUGAAACGAAGCCUGUGACAAAAAAACAGAAAACCUUGACAAGUUAUAUGGACAAAAGGCAAGAAAAACCGGAUGAAAAUGUCAACGAAGUUCAUAAAACAAAAGAGUUGGUGUUGGAAGAAAGUCCGAAAUGGAAGUUGCUAAAGGACGUUGUGAAUGAAAUCGAUCAAGAAAAUUCGUCGGAAAUCUCUGGUGGCAGUCGCCAUGUUCUAAUCGCUGCAUCAGAUCAACGGACAUGUCUUCAAUUGAGAGAGUUUUUGUGCAAGGGUGGAAAAUCACUUCUGACCAGACUGUAUGAUAAAAAUGAAAAUGGAAAGAGUUCGAGAGGAACCACUUCAGAUGAAACUGGGAAAAAGGUGGUUGAAAAGCGCAAGGGUAAAGAAAAGAGAACACUGAAAUCCAAAGAUAAGUCAAAACAAAAGUCGUCCAGCAAAGAAAAACAGACUAUGGAAAAGUUUAUUCAAGUUUUGGACGAAAACGAUGAAGAAUAUGAACGAGGAGAAGAAGAGCAAGGUGAAGAGAUUGGCGUUGUGUCCAAAAAUAAAUCAGCAGGGAAGUUAUUGUUGAAGACAGACUCUUCUGACGCUUGUGAAAUAACAUUUGAUUUAGUUUCAACGCCCCUGGUCGUUAUUCAUCCCCUGACUGAAGCAAGUGAUCCGUACAGCCUUACUCGAACAUUAAAUGAAGUCGAACCACGCUAUGUUAUACUUUACGAUGCGCAUAUAGAAUUCGUUCGACAACUAGAGGUAUUUAAAGCGUCAAGGCCUGGAAUUCCUUUACGUAUUUAUUUUAUGAUCUUUGGUGGCUCUGUUGAAGAACAGCGGUAUCUUACAAGAUUAAAGAAGGAGAAUGAAGCUUUCGAAAUGUUGAUCAGAACAAAAGCGACCAUGGUCAUACCUGAAGAACGCGAUGGUAAGAGUGAAGGUGCCAUUCAACUAGAUCGUGAUACAAGUAAGCCAUCAGAUGUAGCCAGCACUCGUCAAGGUGGUGGCCGUGAAGGACAAAACUCUAGAAAGAUUACAGUUGACGUUCGAGAGUUUCGUAGUACAUUACCAUCGUUAAUUUAUAAAAGAGGAAUUGAUAUCGAACCUGUCACUUUGGAAAUUGGCGAUUAUAUUCUGACUCCUGAUAUAUGUGUGGAAAGAAAAAGUGUCCCUGAUUUAAUUGGUUCUUUGAAUUCGGGAAGACUUUAUACACAAUGCCUAGCGAUGACACGAUGUUAUAAGCGUCCCUUAUUACUGAUUGAAUUUGAUCCCAACAAGUCAUUCUCGCUUCAGGCUAAGUCCUCUUUAUCAGAUGAAAUAUCUCUCCAGAAUGUAACCACAAAACUUGCUUUGUUGACAAUUCACUUUCCUAGAUUGAAAAUCUUAUGGUGUGCCAGUCCAUAUGCUACGGCAGAAAUAUUUGAUGAACUGAAGCAAAAUGAACCAGAACCCGACUCAGCUGUAGCCAGAAUAGGAAGUGAUUCUGCUUCGUCCAUUCACGGCGAUCGUUACAAUGCAGCUGCUCAGGAUUUCUUGAAUAAACUUCCUGGUAUUACCUCUAGGAAUUAUAGACUCGUGAUGAAUAAGGUGAAAAACAUUCGCGAACUUUGUCAACUGUCGCAAGAGAAAUUGAAAGAAAUCCUUGGUAGUGCUGCCAAUGCGAAAUUACUCUGGGAGUUUAUUCACAACAAUCAUAAGCUGGACGCUACAAGAAAGUGAACGUGUAAGAAUCAUUACCCGAACAUAUGGCUUUGGUGAAAAUCUUGUUUCGAUGUAAAGUAUGGGUCCGUGUUUGCGGUCACGUUUCGAUCUGUACAAGGGCGUAACUCCACCAAGUUUGAUUGGACCCUUUUCUCCCUCAAUUUUUGCAUCAACGAUGAACUAAAAAUAAAUUGACAGUGUUCGUGAUUUAUGAUAAUCAAACUUCUGAGAUAAUUCAAAGUGAAAGAGAGACUUGGUUGUGAUUGCAAACUUGAAUAUUGCUGUUAACUGAGUACUUGUCAUGGUGAAGGACAAUUGAGUAGUUCUGAAAAAAACUGUUGAAGUUUAAGAACUGCUCAAUCGUCAUUCAUGACAAAUACGAUGUUCAGAGCAAUAUUUAAGAAUUCGCAGUAUUAGGAAAAUGGUAAGAUAUGAAAAAAUCAGUCUUCGGUUGAUUUUUUAAACACAAAUCAUGGUACAGGGGCGCUGGAACUGGGGGAAGGCAAGGGGGGACACCCCCCUUUCUUUUUCUGAAGAGGGGCAGUGGGGCAAAAGUGCCCUAAAGGUUGAAAAUUUAUUGUUUUUAAUACAAGAAAAACACAUCUUAACCGUGAAACGUUUUUUUUAACUAUGGCUGCAAUGCCAAGAGCAGAAAGAUGUAAAAAAGAUUAAGCAAAAGCAUUAGCGAAAGCAGCUGUUAAACUGGUAGGUAUAUUUCACUGAUGUGCCCUUCCAGAAAGGCUUGCCCCUCCUGCCCUUUUGACGUUCCGGCGUUCCUGUCCAGGUUUACUUCUGAUAGUUGAAAUGUUUCUUCAUAUAAAAGUUGAUUACCUGAUCAGGCUUUAGGUUCACUGAACAAUCGCUUUCCAAACCCAGAACUCGAAUUUUUCCUUUCAUUGUGAAUCCUGGCUUAAUGGUCGGACCUCCAAUCUUUUCAAGCUGAUGAAUCUGCUUUGCGACCGAUAUCUGAAAUUUUGUGGACGUGGGCUUAAUAUUUUGUGUAGUUUCGAAAAGACAGUUAUGUAUAUAUUCAUUGUUGGGGUGAAACUACUGUACUGAUGCUAAAACUUUAAGUUUGACCUGUACCAAAAUACCCAGUACACAUUGACAGAUGUAGAAAUACAGAUAAUUGACAACUGACAUCAUAAACAGAAAAUAUAAAAUACGUAAAGUUAUUAUACAUAAA